GAAGUUUGUUCUAACCUCUCCUCUGUCAGGAUGUACAGGUAGUUUGUUCUAACCUCUCCUCUGUCAGGAUGUGCAGGUAGUUUGUUCUAACCUCUCCUCUGUCAGGAUGUACAGGUAGUUUGUUCUAACCUCUCCUCUGUCAGGAUGUACAGGUAGUUUGUUCUAACCUCUCCUCUCUGUCAGGAUGUACAGGUAGUUUGUUCUAACCUCUCCUCUCCUCUGUCAGGAUGUGCAGGUAGUUUGUUCUAACCUCUCCUCUCCUCUGUCAGGAUGUACAGGUAGUUUGUUCUAACCUCUCCUCUGUCAGGAUGUACAGGUAGUUUGUUCUAACCUCUCCUCUCCCCUGUCAGGAUGUACAGGUAGUUUGUUCUAACCUCUCCUCUCCUCUGUCAGGAUGUACAGGUAGUUUGUUCUAACAUCUCCUUUGUCAGGAUGUACAGGUAGUUUGUUCUAAUCUCUCCUCUGUCAGGAUGUACAGGUAGUUUGUUCUAACCUCUCCUCUGUCAGGAUGUACAGGUAGUUUGUUCUAACCCCUCUGUCAGGAUGUGCAGGUAGUUUGUUCUAACCUCUCCUCUCUGUCAGGAUGUACAGGUAGUUUGUUCUAACCUCUCCUCUGUCAGGAUGUACAGGUAGUUUGUUCUAACCCCUCCUUUCCUCUCCUCUCUCUGUCAGGAUGUACAGGCAGUUUGUUCUGUCAAUCCUGCUUGCAGGCGUCCUGUGUGCGGUGGGCGGCGACGCCCGCAAGACCCGCCUCCAUGGCUCCAUCCCCAACCCCUUCAAGGUGAACGGCAACACCUCUGACAAACGCACCCGUAAACAGGAAAUCCUUGCCUCCAGCCAGGAAGCUCUGGUCGUCACCGAGAGGAAGUACCUGAAGAGUGACUGGUGCAAGACCCAGCCGCUGCGUCAGACUGUGAGCGAGGAGGGCUGUCUCAGUCGUACCGUCAUCAACAGGUUCUGCUACGGCCAGUGUAACUCCUUCUAUAUCCCGCGCCACGUUAAGACGGAGCAAGAGUCUUUCCGGUCCUGUGCUUUCUGCCGACCGCAGCGGUUCACCACGCUGACCGUAGAGCUGGACUGUCCCGACCUCCAGCCGCCCUUCAGGCACCGUAAGAUCCAGAGAGUCAAACAGUGUCGAUGUAUAUCGGUGUCCGUCAGUGACUCUGGGAAGCGGUGAUACUCGUCUCCCUUCUGCAUCUCUCUCUCUCUUUUUUUUAUCAUCUUGGACAAUUCCUAGAUACCGUCCAGAUAUUCCUCUCACCUCACAGGAGACAGUUUGUACAAGAUGGUGAGGACAUUUAUUUUACUGACGGCACAUGAAAGGGGCCACUCUCUUUAGAAGUACUGAGUAUGACAGACAUUUCUAUGGAGCAGCUCUGCGUUGAUCAUACCAAGCAUUUAUUUAUUUAUUUAACUAGGCAAGUCAGUUAAGAACAAAUUAUUAUUUACAAUGACGGCCUAGGAACAGAGGGUUCAGGGGCAGAACGACAGAUUUGUACCUUGUCGGCUCGGGGAUUCGAUCUUGCAACCUUUCGGUUACUAGUCCAACGCUCUAACCACUAGGCUACGCUGCCGCCCCCCUCUAACCACUAGGCUACCUGCCUCCCCCCUCUACAUGAGACAAACGGACAUUUCUACAACCCCAGGCCCGAAUUAACCCAUGACUAUAUAUAUUCUGUAGUUCAAAGAUGGUGGAUAAAUGAAGAUGUCUCACUCAGGCAGUUUAUUUUUUUGUCACAGUUCCAGACUGCUAGCGGAACCCCUGGGCUAGAAAGGUUAAGGAGGUGUGUCUCCCAUAGACAACAAUGCGAUAGCAGCUGGGUGUGGUCUACUUAGUUCAUUGACUGUAUAUGAACCAGGGGGGAAAAAAGCAGAGUGAGACAUCUCGCUUCCUCUACCGUCUCUGCAGAAACAGACUUACCUGGACCACAGAUCUCCUCCUCAGCCUGUCGGUGAGGGGGGUCGUAUUCAAAUGGAAGAAAACUGACUGAAAGAAAAAGGGACUUGUCCAAUACAAAAUGCUAAUGUUCAACUACAAAACAUGUUGCCAAUGUGUGCCCUAAUGAAUAUGACCCUAUUCCACAGAGGGACUCUGGUAGGAGGUUGGAGAG